AUGAGUGUUGGCUGGAGGAAGCUGGCCCCGCUCUGGGCCCUGGCUCUCGCUCUGGCCGGCACCCGGCACACAGGCCAUGCCCAGGAUGGCUCCUCCGAAUCCAGCUACAAGCACCACGCCGCCCUCUCUCCUAUCGCCCGGGGGCCCGGCGGGGUCCCGCUCCGUGGGGUGACUGUCUUCCCAUCUCUGAGGACCAUCCCUGUGGUACGAGCCUCCAACCCGGAGCACAACAGGCAGGUGUGCAGCACCUGGGGCAACUUCCACUACAAGACCUUCGACGGCGACGUCUUCCGCUUCCCUGGCCUCUGCAACUACGUGUUCUCCGAGCACUACGGCGCCGCCUACGAGGAUUUCAACGUCCAGCUACGCCGCAGCCAGGAGUCAGCGGCCCCCACGCUGAGCAGGAUCCUCAUGAAGGUGGAUGGUGUGGUCAUCCAGCUGACCAAGGGCUCCGUCCUGGUCAACGGCUGCCCGGUCCUGCUGCCCUUCAGCCAGUCUGGAGUCCUCAUUCAGCAGAGCAGUAGCUACACCAAGGUGGAGGCCAGGCUGGGCCUUGUCCUCAUGUGGAACCAUGAUGACAGCCUGCUGCUGGAGCUGGACGCCAAAUACGCCAACAAGACCUGUGGGCUCUGUGGGGACUUCAACAGGAUGCCCGUGGUCAGCGAGCUCCUCUCCCACAACACCAAGCUGACACCCAUGGAGUUCGGGAACCUGCAGAAGAUGGACGACCCCACGGAGCAGUGUCAGGACCCUGUCCCUGAACCCCCGAGGAACUGCUCCACUGGCUUUGGCAUCUGCGAGGAGCUCCUGCACCGCCAGCUGUUCUCUGGCUGCACGGCCCCGGUGGACGUUGGCAGCUACCUGGAGGCCUGCAGGCAAGACCUCUGCUUCUGUGAAGACACCGACCCGCUCAGCUGCGUCUGCCACACCCUCGCCGAGUACUCCCGGCAGUGCGCCCACGCAGGGGGGCUGCCCCAGGACUGGUGGGGCCCUGACCUCUGCCCCCAGAAAUGCCCCAAACACGAGUGCCGCUCCCCCUGCACAGACACCUGCACCAACCAGGAGCACUCCCAGGCCUGCGAGGACCGCUGUGUGGCCGGCUGCUUCUGCCCUGAGGGGAUGGUGCUUGACGACAUCAGCCAGACUGGCUGUGUCCCUGCGUCAAAGUGUGCCUGUGUCUACAGUGGGGCCGCCUAUGCCCCGGGGGCCACCUACUCCACAGACUGUGCCAACUGCACCUGCUCCGGAGGCCGGUGGAGCUGCCAGGAGCUUCCGUGCCCAGGUACCUGCUCUGUGCUUGGAGGUGCCCACUUCUCGACGUUUGACGAGAGGCAAUACACGGUGCACAGGGACUGCAGCUAUGUGCUGACCAAGCCCUGUGACAGCAGUGCCUUCACUGUACUGGCUGAGCUGCACAGAUGUGGGCUGACGGACAGCGAGACCUGCCUGAAGAGCGUGAUACUGAGCCUGGACGGGGCGCAGAAGGUGGUGGUGAUCAAGGCCAGCGGGGAAGUGUUCCCGAACCAGAUCUACACCCAGCUGCCCAUCUCUGCAGGUGAGGUGACCAUCUUCAGACCCUCAACCUUCUUCAUCAUCGCCCAGACCAGCCUGGGCCUGCAGCUGAACCUGCAGCUGGUGCCCACCAUGCAGCUGUUCGUGCGGCUGGCGCCCAAGCUCCGCGGGCAGACCUGCGGUCUCUGUGGGAACUUCAACAGCAUCCAGGCCGAUGACUUCUGGACCCUCAGUGGGGUGGUGGAGGCCAUGGCCGCGGCCUUCUUCAACACCUUCAAGACCCAGGCCGCCUGCCCCAACAUCAGGAACAGCUUCGAGGACCCCUGCUCCCUGAGCGUGGAGAAUGAGAAGUAUGCUCAGCACUGGUGCUCGCAGCUGACCGACGCUGAUGGCCCCUUCAGCCGGUGCCAUGCUGCCGUGAAGCCGGGCACCUACUACUCGAACUGCAUGUUUGACACCUGUAACUGUGAGUGGAGCGAGGACUGCCUGUGCGCUGCACUGUCAUCCUAUGUGCACGCCUGUGCCGCCAAGGGCGUGCAGCUCAGCGGCUGGAGGGACAGCGUCUGCACAAAGCCCAUGACCACUUGCCCCAAGUCGAUGACCUACCACCACCAUGUCAGCACCUGCCAGCCCACCUGCCGCUCCCUGAGCAAGGGGGACAUCACCUGCGGUGUUGGCUUCAUCCUGGAUGGCUGUAUCCCUCCCGAGGGCACCUUGGACGACACGGGCAAGUGUGUGCAGGCCAGCAACUGGCCCUGCUACCACAGGGGCUCCAUGAUCCCCAGUGGGGAGUCGGUGCACGACAGCGGGGCUGUCUGCACCUGCACGCAUGGGAAGCUGAGCUGCAUCAGAGGCCAAGCCCCCACCUCAUUGUGUGCUGCACCCAUGGUGUUCUUCGACUGCCGCAAUGCCACACCUGGGGAUGCAGGGGCCGGCUGUCAGAAGAGCUGCCACACCCUGGACAUGACCUGUUACAGCCCCCAGUGUGUGCCUGGCUGCGUGUGCCCCGACGGGCUGGUGGCGGAUGGCGAGGGCGGCUGCAUCACUGCGGAGGACUGCCUCUGCGUGCACAACGAGGCCAGCUACCAGGCCGGCCAGACCAUCCGGGUGGGCUGCAACACCUGCACCUGUGACAGCAGGAUGUGGCGGUGCACAGAUGACCCCUGCUUGGCCACCUGCACCGUGUCCGGGGAGGGCCACUACCUCACCUUCAACAGGCAGAGCUACAGCUUCAACGGAAACUGCAAGUACACGCUGGUACAGAACCACUGUGGCGGGAAAGACAGCGCCCAGGACUCCUUCCGUGUCGUCACUGAGAAUGUCCCCUGCGGCACCACGGGGACCACCUGCUCCAAGGCCAUCAAGAUCUUCCUGGGGGGUUCCGAGCUGAAGCUGAGCCAUGGGAAGGUGGAGGUGAUCGGGACGGACGAGAGCCAGGAGGUGCCAUACACCAUCGGGCAGAUGGGUAUCUACCUGGUGGUGGACACCGACAUCGGCCUGGUGCUGCUGUGGGACAAGAAGACCAGCAUCUUCAUCAACCCCAGCCCCCGAGGCAGGGUCUGUGGCCUGUGUGGGAACUUCGACGACAUCGCCGUCAAUGACUUUGCCACACGGAGCUGGUCCGUGGUGGGGGACAUGCUGGAGUUCGGGAACAGCUGGAAGCUCUCCCCUUCCUGCCCAGACGCCCUGGAGCCAAAGGACCCCUGCACAGCCAACCCCUUCCGCAAGUCCUGGGCCCAGAAGCAGUGCAGCAUCCUCCACGGCCCCACCUUCGCCGCCUGCCACGCACACGUGGAGUCGGCCAGGUACUAUGAGGCCUGUGUGAACGACGUGUGUGCCUGCGACUCAGGGGGUGACUGCGAGUGUUUCUGCACGGCCGUGGCCACCUAUGCCCAGGCCUGUCAUGAAGUGGGCCUGUGUGUGUCCUGGCGGACCCCGAGCAUCUGCCCUCUGUUCUGCGACUACUACAACCCUGAAGGCCAGUGCGAGUGGCACUACCAGCCCUGUGGGGCACCCUGCCUGCGGACCUGCCAGAACCCCCGCGGAGACUGCCUGCGGGACGUCCGGGGCCUGGAAGGCUGCUACCCCAAGUGCCCACCAGAGGCUCCCAUCUUUGAUGAGGACAAGAUGCAGUGUGUGGCUACCUGCCCGACCCCGCCUCUGCCACCACGGUGCCAUGUCCAUGGGAAGUCCUACCAGCCAGGCACAGUGGUGCCUUCGGACAAGAACUGCCAGUCCUGCCUCUGUACCGAGUGCGGCGUGGAGUGCACCUACAAAGCUGAGGCCUGUGUCUGCACCUACGAUGGACGGCACUUCCACCCAGGGGACGUCAUCUACCACACGACAGACGGCACGGGUGGCUGCAUCUCCGCCCGCUGCGGGGCCAAUGGCACCAUUGAGAGGACGGUCUACCCCUGCAGCCCCACCACCCCCGUCCCCUCAACCACCUUCUCCUUCUCCACACCCCCGCUGGUCAUGAGCUCCAGGCACGCCCCCAGCCCUGGCCCGAGCAGCGCGCACACAGGCCCUCCGAGCAGCGCCUGGCCCACCACAGCAGGCACUUCUCCCAGGACAAGGCCGCCCACAGCCUCCGCCUCGCUGCCGCCGGUCUGUGGGGAAAAGUGCCUUUGGUCGCCAUGGAUGGACCUCAGCCGCCCUGGACGGGGCAAGGACAGCGGUGACUUCAACACACUGGAGAACCUCCACGCCCAUGGGUACCGGGUGUGCGAAUCACCCAGGUCAGUGGAGUGCUGAGCCGAGGAUGCCCCCUGAGUGCUGCUCCGAGUCCUGGGGCAGCGUGUGCAGUGCAGCGCGGACGUGGGGCUGACCUGUUGUAACAGGGAGCAGGCAUCAGGGCUCUGCUACAACUACCAGAUCAGGGUCCUGUGCUGCACGCCCCUAGCCUGCUCCACCUCUAGCAGUCCAGCCCAGACCACUCCUCCAACAACCUCCAAGACCACUGAAACCCGGGCCUCAGCCUCCUCAGCCCCCAGUAGCACACCUGGCCCCGUGGCUGUCUCUACAGCCAGGACAACACCUGCCCCAGGUACCGCUACAUCUGUCAAAAAAACUUUCUCAACUCCCAGCCCUCCGCCAGUGCUGGCAACAUCAACAUCAUCCAUGUCGACCACGGCCCCAGGGACCUCCGUGGUCUCCAGCAAGCCCACCCCCACCGAGCCCAGCACAUCCUCCUGCCUACAGAAGCUUUGCACCUGGACCGAGUGGAUCGAUGGCAGCUACCCUGCUCCUGGAAUAAAUGGUGGAGAUUUUGACACAUUUCAAAAUUUGAGAGACGAAGGAUACACAUUCUGUGAAAGUCCUCGAAGCGUGCAGUGCCGGGCAGAGAGCUUCCCUAACACGCCAUUGGCAGACCUGGGGUAGGACGUCAUCUGCAGCCGCACGGAGGGACUGAUUUGCCUGAACAAGAACCAGCUCCCACCCAUCUGCUAUGACUAUGAGAUCCGCAUCCAGUGUUGUGAGACGGUGAACGUGUGCAGAGACGGCACCAGACCGCCAAAGACCGUCGCAACGACACGGCCGACUCCACACCCAACCGGAGCUCAGACCCUGACCACCUUCACCAGACACAUGCCCUCGGCCUCCACAGAGCAACCCACGGCCACCUCCAGGGGCAGGACCACAGCAACCAGCGUCACACAGGGCACCCACACCAGACCAGUCUCCAGAGACUGUCAUCCCCGGUGCACCUGGACAAAGUGGUUCGACGUGGACUUCCCAUCCCCUGGACCCCACGGUGGAGACAAGGAAACCUACAACAACAUCAUCAGGAGUGGGGAAAAAAUCUGCCACCGACCUGAGGAGAUCACCAGGCUCCAGUGCCGAGUCGAGAGCCACCCGGAGGUGAGCAUCGAAGACCUGGGCCAGGUGGUGUAGUGCAGCCGCAAAGAGGGCCUGGUGUGCCGCAACCAGGACCAGCAGGGACCCUUCAAGAUGUGCCUCAACUAUGAGGUGCACGUGCUCUGCUGCAAGACCCCCAGAGGCUGCCCGGUGACCUCCACACCUGUGACAGCUCCUAGCACCCCAAGUGGGAGAACCACCAGCCCAACUCAGAGCACCUCCUCUUGGCAGAAAUCCAGGACAACCACUUUGGUGACAACCAACACAACCUCCACUCCACAGACCAGUACAACCUAUGCCCAUACAACCAGCACAACCUCUGCUCCUACAGCCAGAACAACCUCUGCCCCAACAACCAGCACAACCUCUGCCCCAACAACCAGCACAAUCUCUGGUCCUGAAACUACUCCCAGCCCUGUUCCUACCACCAGCACAACCUCUGCCCCUACAACCAGCACCAGCUCUGCUCCUACAGGCAGCACAACCUCCGGUCCUGGAACUACUUCCAGCCCUGUUCCCACCACCAGCACAACCUCUGCCCCUGCAAACAGCACCAGCUCUGCUCCUACAAGCAGCACAACCUCCGAUCCUGGAACUACUUCCAGCCCUGUUCCCACCACCAGCACAACCUUUGCUCCUACAACCAGCACAACCUCUGCCCCUACAAGCAGCACAACCUCUGCCACUACAACCAGCAGAAUCUCUGGUCCUGAAACUACUCCCAGCCCUGUUCCUACCACCAGCACAACCUCUGCUGCUACAACAAGCACAAUCUCUGCUCCUACAACGAGCACAACUUCUGGUUCUGGAACUACUCCCAGCUGUUCCACCACCAGCACAAUCUCUGCUCCUACAGCCAGCACAACCUCUGCCCCUACAACCAGCACAACCUCAGCUCCUACAAUCAGCACAACCUCUGCUCCUACAACCAGCACAACCUCUGCUACUACAACCAGCACAACCUCUACCCUACAAGCAGCACAACCUCCACUCACAACCAGCACAACCUCAGCUCCUACAACCAGCACAACUUCUGGUCCUGAACACCCCAAGCUCUGUUCCCCACCAGCACAACCUCUGCCCCUACAACAAGAACACUUCUGCUCCUAAAGCAGCACAACCUCUGCUGCUACAAUCAGCACAAUCUCUGGUCGAACUACUCCAGCCUGUCCUACCACCAGCACAACCUGCCCUACAACCAGCACCAGCUCUGCUCCUACAACCAGCACAACCCCUGGUGCUGGAACUACUCCCAGCCCUGUUCCUACCACCAGCACAACCUCUCCUCCUACAACCAGCACCAGCUCUGCUCCUACAGCAGCACGACCUCCGUCCUGAACUACUAUUAGCCCCGUUCCCACCACCAGCUCACCUCUGCCCUACAACCAGCACACCUCUGCCCCUAUACCCCCUACAACCAGCACAACCUUGUCUCCUAUAACCAGCACAACCUCUGCUACUAUAACCAGCACAACUUCUGCCCCUAUAAGCAGCACAACCUCGGCUCCUACCACCAGCUCAACCUCUGCUCCUACAAGCAGUACAACCUCUGCACCUACAACCAACACAACCUCUGCCCCUACAACAAGCAGGACCUUGGCUCCUACACACAGAACGACCUCUGGUCCUACAACCAGUGCAGCCUCGGCUCUUACAACCAGCACUUCCUCGGCUCCUACAACCAGCACAACCUCUGCCCCUACAAGCAGCACAACCUCGGCUCCAACAACCAGCACAAUCUCUGCUCCAACAACCAGCACAACCUCUGCUCCUACAACCAGCACAAUCUCUGCCCCUACAACCAGCACAAUCUCUUCCCCUACAACCAGCACAACCUCUGCUACUAUAGCCAGCACAACCUCUCCCCCUACAAGCAGUACAACCUCCACUCCACAGACCAGCAAAACCUCAGCUGCUAUAAGCAGCACAGCCUCCAGUUCUGGAACUACUCCCAGCCCUGUUACCACCACCAGCACAGCUUCUGUUUCAAAGACCAGCACAAGCCAUGUUUCUGUAUCCAAGACAACCCACCCUCAACCAGUCACCAGAGACUGUCAUCCCUGGUGCACCUGGACCAAGUGGUUUGACGUGGACUUCCCAUCCCCUGGACCCCAUGGCGGGGACAAGGAAACCUACAACAACAUCAUCAGGAGUGGGGAAAAAAUCUGCCACCGACCUGAGGAGAUCACCAGGCUCCAGUGCCGAGCCGAGAGCCACCCAGAGGUGAGCAUCGAACAACUGGGCCAGGUGGUGCAGUGCAGCCGCAAAGAGGGUCUGGUGUGCCGCAGCCAGGACCAGCAGGGACCCUUCAAGAUGUGCCUCAACUACGAAGUGCACAUACUCUGCUGUGAGACCCCCAAAGGCUGCCCUGUGACCUCCACACCUGUGACAGCUCCUAGCACCCCAAGUGGGAGAGCCACCAGCCCAACUCAGAGCACUUCCUCUUGGCAGAAAUCCAGGACAACCAUUUUGGUGACAACCAGCACAACCUCCACUCCACAGACCAGCACCCUGCCCUACAACCACACGACCUGCCCAACCAGCACAACCUCAGCCCCAACAACCAGCACAACCUCGCCUCCUAUAACCAGCACAACCUCUCCCCCUACAACCAGCACAACCUCUGCCCCUACAACCAGCACAACCUCGGCCCCAACAACCAGCACAACCUUGGCUCCUAUAACCAGCGCCACCUCUGCCCUGACAGGCAGCACAAUCUCUGCCCCUACAACCAGCACAAUUUCUGGUCCUGAAACUACUCCCAGCCCUGUUGCUACGACCAGAACCACCUCUGCUCCUAUCACCAGCACAACCUCUGCCUCUACAACCAGCACAACCUCUGGUCCUGGAACUACUCCAAGCCAUGUUCCCAGCACCAGCACAACCUCUGCUCCUACCACAAGCACAACCUCUGCUGCUACAACCAGCACAACCUCUGCCUCUACAACCAGCACAACCUCUGGUCCUGGAACUACUCCAAGCUGUGUUCCCAGCACCAGCACAACCUCUGCUCCUACCACAAGCACAACUUCUGCUCCUACAACCAGCACAACCUCUAGUCCUGAAACUACUCCAAGCCCUGUUCCCAGCACCAGGACAACCUCUGCUGCUACAACCAGCACAACCUCUGCCCCUACAACCAGCACAACCUCUGGUCCUGGAACUACUCCCAGCCCUGUUCCCCCCACCAGCACAACCUCUGCUUCUACAACCAGCACAACCUCUGCCCCUACAACCAGCACAACCUCUGCUCCUACAACCGGAACAACCUCUGCUCCUACAAGCAGCACAAUCUCCACUCCACAGACCAGCACAACUUCUGCCCCUACAACCAGCACAGCCUCUGGUCCUGGAACUACUCCCAGCCCUGUUCCCUCCACCAGCACAACCUCUGUUUCAAAGACCAGCACAAGCCAUCUUUCUGUAUCCAAGACAACCCACUCUCAACCAGUCACCAGUGACUGUCAUCCCCAGUGCACCUGGACCAAGUGGUUCGAUGUGGACUUCCCAUCCCCUGGACCCCAUGGCGGAGACAAGGAAACCUACAACAACAUCAUCAGGAGUGGGGAAAAAAUCUGCCGCUGACCUGAGGAGAUCACCAGGCUCCAGUGCCGAGCCGAGAGCCAUCUGGAGGUGAACAUCGAACACCUGGGCCAGGUGGUGCAGUGCAGCCACGAAGAGGGCCUGGUGUGCCGGAACCAGGACCAGCAGGGACCCUUCAAGAUGUGCCUCGAUUACGAGGUGCGCAUGCUCUGCUGCAAGACCCCCAGAGGCUGCCCGGUGACCUCUGUGACCCCAUAUGGGACUUCUCCUACCAAUGCCCUGUAUCCUUCCCUGUCUACCUCCGUGGCAUCCACCUCCAUGGCAUCCCGCUCCAUGGCAUCCAGCUCUGUGGCAUCCAGCUCCAUGGCAUCCAGCUCUGUGGCAUCCAGCUCCGUGGCUUACUCCACCCAAACCUGCUUCUGCAACAUAGCCAACCGGCUCUACCCUGCGGGAUCCACCAUAUACCGCCACAGAGACCUCGCCGGCCACUGCUAUUAUGCCCUGUGUAGCCAGGACUGCCAAGUGGUCAGAGGGGUUGACAGUGACUGUCCGUCCACCACACUGCCUCCUGCCCCAGCCACGUCCCCUUCGACAUCCACCUCCGAGCCCGUCACUGAGCUGGGAUGCCCAAAUGCGGUUCCCCCCAGAAAGAAAGGUGAGACCUGGGCCACGCCCAACUGCUCCGAGCCCACCUGUGAGGGCAACAACGUCAUCUCCCUGCGCCCGCGCAGGUGCCCGAGGGUGGAGAAGCCCACCUGUGUCAAUGGCUACCCAGCCGUGAAGGUGGCUGACCAAGAUGGCUGCUGCCAUCACUACCAGUGCCAGUGUGUGUGCAGCGGCUGGGGUGACCCCCACUACAUCACCUUUGACGGCACCUACUACACCUUCCUGGACAACUGCACGUAUGUGCUGGUGCAGCAGAUUGUGCCCGUGUAUGGCCACUUCCGCGUGCUCGUCGACAACUACUUCUGCGGUGUGGAGGACGGGCUCUCCUGCCCGAGGUCCAUCAUCCUGGAGUACCACCAGGACCGCGUGGUGCUGACCCGCAAGCCAGUCCACGGGGUGAUGACCAACGAGAUCAUCUUCAACAAUAAGGUGGUCAGCCCCGGCUUCUGGAAAAACGGCAUCGUGGUCUCGCGCAUCGGCAUCAAGAUGUACGCGACCGUCCCGGAGCUGGGAGUCCAGAUCAUGUUCUCUGGCCUCAUCUUCUCGGUGGAGGUGCCAUUCAGCAAGUUUGCCAACAACACCGAGGGCCAGUGCGGCACUUGCACCAAUGACAGGAAGGAUGCGUGCCGCACGCCUAGGGGGACGGUGGUCGCUUCCUGCUCUGAGAUGUCCAGCCUCUGGAACGUGAGCAUCCCCGACCAGCCAGCCUGCCACGGGCCUCGCCCGACACCCACCACGGUCGGGCCCACCACACCGCCUGCUCCGUGCCUGCCAUCACCCAUCUGCCAGCUGAUUCUGAGCAAGGUCUUUGAGCCGUGCCACGCCGUGGUCCCCCCACUGCCAUUCUAUGAGGGCUGUGUCUUCGACCAGUGCCACAUGACCGACCUGGAUGUGGUGUGCUCCAGCCUGGAGCUGUAUGUGGCGCUCUGCGCGUCCCGAGACAUUUGCAUCGACUGGAGAGGCCAGACCAACCACAUGCGCUCAUUCACCUGCCCAGCCUACAAGGUGUACCAGCCCUGCGACCCGAGCAACCCCUCCUACUGCUAUGGGAAUGACAGCGCCAGCCUCGGGGCUCUGCCGGAGGCCCGCCCCAUCACCGAAGGCUGCAUCUGUCUGGAGGGCAUGAUGCUCUUCAGCACCAAUGCCUAAGUCUGCAUGCCCACGGGCUGCCCCAGGUGUCUGGGGCCCCACGGACAGCCGGUGAAGUCCCCUCCCUUGCAAGUGGGCCACACUGUCAGCAUGGACUGCCAGGAGUGCACGUGUGAGGCGGCCACGUGGACGCUGGCCUGCCGACCCAAGCUCUGCCCGCUGCCCCCUGCCCGCCCCCUGCCCGGCUUCAUGCCUGUGCCUGCAGCCCCACAGGCUGGCCAGUGCUGCCCCCAGUACAGCUGCGCCUGCAACACCAGCCACUGCCCCACGCCCGCGGGCUGUCCUGAGGGCGCCCGCGCAAUCCCGACCUACGAGGCGGGGGCCUGCUGCCCGGUCCAAAACUGCAACCACCCUCAAGGCCCACUGGCCCAGGCAUCCCCGGCCGCCCCUCCCGCCCUGCCGUGCCGCAGCGGAUCUGUGGGCCUGGAUAUGAAAGAGAGCUUUAAGACCCCGGAGACCUCGGAACCUUCAGCUUUGGAAGUGACGUUGAUGAUGCUCGUCGGGGACGUUUACCACGUGGCCCCCGGGAAGCCCACCCGGCACCAGUGGGAGGUGCUAGGCUUCUGCGGCUCCCACCUGGGGCAGGCUGAGGACCCCGGGCAGGUCCGGGACCCCCCGGAGCAGCUGAUUCCUCAAGCCUGCCAGGGUUAA